ACUUUGCAAUUGGCAAUACUGUUUCCGUCGCCAUUUUGUAUUCUACAUGCGGCGUCUUGGUGUGCAUCGAUUCUAAAAUUGCCGGAUCGCAUUGAAGUGUUGAAUUCCUUUGUAAAGUAGCAAUAAUAGUUUAAAAUCUUUAUUAGAAUACUUAAGUUUAGUUGUGAGAAAAAAGGCUAUUACUUAAAGUAUGGGUCGUGGCAGAGAUCGUAGUCGUGAUAGACGUCGCAGUCGAUCCAGGAGUCGGAGUAGAAGUCGUAGUCGUAGUCCGCGUUAUGGCCUCGGUUCCGGUGGUGGUGGCGGCGGCGGCGGCGGCGGCGGAUAUGGCGGAGGAGGUCGGAGAAACAAUCCGGGUGCUAAUCUCAGAAAACCGAAAUGGGACCUGAGCAGAUUAAAACCUUUCAAGAAAGAUUUUUACAUACCUCAUCCUGAUGUUGAAAAAAGACCCGAUUCUGAAGUCGAAGCUUGGCGCAGUUCUAAUGAAAUCACUCUUAAGGGCAAAAACAUUCCCAAACCAACAUUGACAUUCGAUGAAGCUGGAUUCCCUGAUUAUGUCAUGGAUGAAAUAGAUAAAAUGGGAUUCUCCAAGCCAACACCAAUCCAAGCUCAAGGUUGGCCGAUAGCUUUAAGUGGAUAUGAUAUGGUAGGAAUAGCUUCCACUGGUUCAGGCAAAACAUUGUCAUAUAUUUUACCAGCUAUUGUACAUAUAAAUAAUCAACCUAAAUCUAGUAGGGGAGAUGGCCCUAUUGCAUUAGUAUUAGCUCCUACUCGAGAAUUGGCUCAACAAAUUCAAGAAGUUUGUGAUAAGUUUGCAAAUACCUCUAAAAUUCAUAAUACAUGUUUAUUCGGAGGUGCACCUAAAGGCCCUCAAGCCAGAGAUUUGGAUGCUGGCGUAGAAAUUGUCAUUGCCACCCCAGGUCGUUUAUUGGAUUUCUUAGAAAGUGCAAGAACAAAUCUAAAAAGGUGCACAUAUUUAGUCUUGGAUGAGGCUGAUAGAAUGUUAGAUAUGGGGUUUGAGCCACAAAUAAGAAAAAUAAUUGAACAGAUAAGGCCAGAUAGGCAAACACUCAUGUGGUCUGCUACUUGGCCAAGAGAAGUUCAAAGUCUAGCUUCAGAAUUCUUAAAAGAUUACCUCCAAAUUAAUGUUGGUUCCCUGCAAUUAGCUGCAAAUCAUAAUAUUCUGCAAAUCAUAGAUGUUUGUAUGGAAUAUGAAAAAGAAACAAAACUAAGUACUCUUCUAAAAGAAAUAAUGGCAGAGAAGGAAAAUAAAACAAUUAUAUUUAUUGAGACAAAACGCAGAGUAGAUGAUAUUACUAGGAAAAUGAAAAGGGAUGGGUGGCCAGCUGUAUGUAUUCAUGGAGAUAAAUCUCAAAAUGAGAGGGAUUGGGUAUUGCAAGACUUCCGGAGUGGAAAGGCUCCUAUACUUGUAGCCACUGAUGUUGCUGCCAGAGGUUUGGAUGUUGAUGAUGUGAAGUUUGUUAUAAACUUUGACUACCCCAGCAAUUCAGAGGAUUAUGUUCAUCGUAUUGGAAGAACUGGACGGACAAACAAGACUGGUACUGCAUAUACCUUCUUUACACCAUCCAAUGCUGCAAAAGCUGGGGAUCUUGUCGCAGUUUUAAAAGAAGCGAAACAAGUGGUUAAUCCUAAAUUACAAGAAUUAGCAGAGCGUGGGAGCGGUGGUGGGCGACGUCACCGCGGACGUGGAGGUCGAUACCGCAGAGGGCGCCGCUCCCGCUCACGCUCUCGCUCAAGAGACCGUCGCCGCCGCACGAGAUCUCGUUCCCGUUCAAGAGACCGCCGCCGGCGCAGACACAGCUCGUCAAGAUCGUCCAGAAGUCGUUCGUCCAAGUCGUCACGAAGCCAUUCACGUUCCCGUUCCCGUUCUCGAAGCCGCUCUCGAUCAGGCAAGUGCAGCCCUAUAAAGGACGCUCCAGCUGUGAAUCAGAUACCAUCACAAGGCUUAUUGCCUACUCCCAAACCACUUUUGCCCACACCUAUAGGCCCUCAGCUUCCCACCAACCACUAUGAUAAAUCGCAGACGAAAGAUGCGACACCACCUCCUCCUAGAAAUGAAUCUAGAAAUAAAAGUAAUAAUCAAGAAAAUAGUACCCCUACUGAAAGUGUUGCAAAUAAUUUCCAGCAGCCUCCUAAUGUCAUUCCCUCUUUAAUGACGAUGAAUCCUCAAAUGAAUAUGUGCAUGCCUCCUAUGGCUGCCAUGAACGGACAGGGUUUUGUUAUGCCGACAUAUUUCCCUGAUCAAUAUGGCAUGAUGAUGGCCCCUCCUUUUGCUCAAAAUUCAAUGCUAAAUGCUAACUGGGGCGCCCCUCCUCCACCGCCCCCGCCUCCGGCUCCCGCUCCUUCUAAUACACAAAAUUAUGGGCAAAUUGGUUUGGGACAAAGUGGCAUAGAGUCAGAUUCCAGAAAAAGAGGACGUUCUGGCGGGCUCGGAGAGAGCUCGAAUCAUUAUGGCGGCGGAGGACUAGGCUCCGGUGGCCAAAGUUACGGCGGAGGUCAAGGCUCAGGUGAGAGCCUCGGCUACGGCAGCGGGCUGGGCUCCGGCGGAGGCCUGGGCUCCGGCGGGGGCCUGGGCUGCGACGGCGGCCUGGGCUCUGGCGGGGGCCUAGGCUCCGACGAGGGUGGCGCGCGCUCGCGCGGCGGCCGCGACCGGCGCCGGCGCGGAAGAGGGCGCGACCGUGACCGCGACGGCCCCGACUCGGAUUACGCGAGUGGGGGCCUCGGGUCUGGCGGCCUCGGCCAGAUGUCAGGCGGCCCAGAUUCUGGCGGUCUUGAUGUAUCCCAUGGGAGCCUAUUGCCGCGCAUGCUUCCCCAAAACGGCGACUUUGUUGGACCGCAGGGUGCAAACUUCACUGCCUUUGGUUCUUAUGGAAACAAAAAUAAAAGAAAUCCACAAGACAGCGGAGAUCACUGUUAUAAUCAAAAUAAUUCUGGCAUGGAAUAUUAUGGACAACAAAACUUUGGACCAGGCAGACCAUAUGGUGAUGGACUAGAUCAGAGCAAUGGUGCGCUGGCUAACGGCUCCAUGGGAUACCAUAAUGACCGCCAGGGCAACCGCCAGCGUCGGUGAAUGCGAUUGAGAAAACGGGUAUAAUGGAGAUUCCCGGCGCCGCAGGAGGCGAUAAAACGAAAGUACGACAGAAGACAGUUCAUUGAACAAAUAUAAUUCUGAGCAACAUAAAAACAACUUCAUUCCAUGUUUAAAAGUGUUAUUUUGUAGCAUAUAAAUUGCAAAAUUUUAUACGAAAAAUUUAAUAGGUACAUAUAAAAUUUCUGGUAAACUACAGUUACAAUAUUAUGUUUUUUUUGUAAUUUUAAUACUACAUAUAAAACUG